UGAUGAAACUGCAGGGUUUCGCAUACACAUAUCGCUCAAAGAUGAAUGCGGCAAUGUGGUGGCGACGGCUCUGACCCAUCUGAUUAUGGUCACAGACGAUCACAAGUCAUCGAAGAAGAACAAAUCCGCUGCCAAGCCAAGCCAAAGAACCGCAGAUCAACUGGUCUUGCGCAGUGGCCAAGAGCUGUCCAAGCCGUCAGCCUCCACAGUCAUACGCCCCAGUGCACAACGAAGUCACACUGCGAAGGAGACAAAUGUUCACGGCUCAUCAAAUCUAUUGGAAACACCCCCAUUCAAAUGCAUGCCAAUGGGCCACAGUCAGCAAGGCCUCCUAGGCGGGCUAAGACACACGCCAACCAACACACAAACAUCAACGAAUGCACACACACCAACUCAUACGCAAUUGCAGGCACAAGCACGCGCUCAUGUGCAAGCCCAAGCACAUACCCUGCCCCACAGUGACACGGCCACACCUUGUCUGAAUGCGCAUACACAAGCACAUGCACUCGGAAGCAAUCUGUCAAUGGCCCCCAUGUGCGAUGGGUCCAGUGGGGGAGGGCAUGUGCAAGACAUGUCGCAUACGAAUCUCUCGCGAACGAAUCUGUCACAUGCGUACGUGGACAGUGGCCAGGAGUGCUCGCAAUUGAUCGCAGACAAGAUCACGAAGUCACUUGAUACCGUAGCAGCCCGUAUAGAUGCUUACAGGUGA